AUGGAACCAGAUCUUGACGUGAACAUAAGGUAUAUAGAUUCAGUGAAGUUGGUGAUCAAAGGCCAGGAUAUUGAUCUAGAAAGAACCAUGACAGUUAUAGAUCUCUCAAGCAAUCAUUUUGAUGGUGUGAUUCCCAAAGCGUUAAAAGAUCUUAGCUCACUUUGGCUACUCAAUUUAUCCCAUAAUGAUCUCAGAGGAGAUAUUCCAACGGAACUGGGACAAAUGAAUAUGCUUGAAGUGUUAGAUUUCUCAUGGAAUUGGCUCACUGGAAAGAUUCCAAGGGAACUGACUAGACUAAAUUUCCUGGCAGUCUUCAACCUCUCUCAGAAUGUUCUCGUCGGACCGAUUCCUCAAG